AAAAAAAAAAAUUAUUAUAUUGGGAAGGAAUCAUCCUUUCUUUCUUUCUAUCUUCAUCUUCUUCUUUCCAUUUCCUGCCAAACCAACACAAUUUCUCUACUACAAGAGAGCUCUCCCAUUUAGCAGUUUUCCCCUCCCUCCCUCCCUCUCUCGAACAACUCAACAACACACAUUCUUCAUCAUCUCCCAUUUCCUCACUCAGCCGCUUUUCCUUUCCUUUGACGGAAAGUUGAUCCCUCUACAACACCAUCACUGCAAACCCCGAUCAUUGUUUAAUCCUUAAGAGGGGGGAAACAGUCUCUGUUUCUGGAAUCAGUCAUACGAAGAAAGAUUCCUCCUUUGUCCUUCUCUCUCUGUCUGUAGGAAAUGCACUGAAUUGAGUCCUAGUUUGGUUUUCCCUGCUCUGUUUCUUAGCUUGUAGUUGUCAUUACCGCGUUUUUUGGGGGGUGGGUUUGUGUUGAUUUAGCUUCAAGGGAUUAUUGAGGUUUUCUGUUACCUUCCUCCUCGCUUUGUCUAGUUGUCUUCAAGACUGAUCAAAGCAGCAGAGCCAGAGAGCAGUCAAAUUAGCUUGGAGUUUUCUUUAAGUCCGGAGAAAGCGAAACAGGGUUCCCAUUACAAAUACAAUCUUAUUCGGCGAGGAGGUUCGAUCGGAAUACCCAAAUCGGAAAAUUCUGUUGCCUUUCUUAUCCGGAACGGAAAGUUAGAAACAGAAACAGGGGAGUUUCGCUUUUCUUUUCCUUUUCUUGUCUGGAAAACUUUCCUUUCCUUUUCUCCUCUUCUCUCUCUCCUUUGGUCUUCACAUAUUUAUCUCGAAAAGAAAAAAAGAGAUAAACGUUAGAAAUUUGAGAGUUUUUUUUUUUUUGGUUAUAUGUUUCGUUUCAUCUUCGUCCCCGUUUCCUAAUCUGGUCUGUCAGUCUUCUCCCUCUCAAAUCUGGGGAAUCCCUAAAAAUUCUCUCGAGAGACCUUCCCAUUUCCCGGCCCCUUCUUUCUCUCUUCCCCUGUUUUACCUCUGUUUUCCCUCUUCAACGAGUCCCUCUGUUUUCUUUAGGCUUGGGGGAGAAAUUGAAUUUUUUUUUCUUUCUCUCCUCCUCUGUCUCUCUCUUUCUGGCCCUUCCACAUCUCUCUCUUUUUUUAUUUUUGCCCUUUAAUUUUUUUAAAAAACAAUGAUUUCCGAAAAAGGGUCAACACAAUCGAACCUCGAUUGCUUCCUCCAUUUCACUACCCCUGUAGUUGAAUCUCAUUCCCUGCCAAAGUCGGAGAUGAGGAACUUGAAUCGGCUAUGGCAUCCAUGGGAGAGGGAAACGGUGGAGUACUUCACCCUCGGCGAUCUCUGGAACUGCUACGACGAAUGGAGCGCUUACGGCGCCGGAGUGCCCAUUUCCUUGAACAAUGGAGAAACUUUAGUUCAGUACUACGUUCCUUACCUCUCCGCGAUCCAAAUCUUCACCAGCAAUUCCUCCUCCGUCAACGGUCUCAGGUUCCUCUGUUUCAGUCGAUACAGGGAAGAAACAGAGUCGGGCGAUGGAGAAACGAGUAGCGAUUCGUGUAGCGACGAGAGCUGUAGAUGGGGUGACGGGUGUUCGUCCGACGAAGGUGGCUCCGAACAGGAAACCCUUUGGCAUCUAAACGACAGAUUGGGGUAUCUCUAUUUCCAGUACUUCGAGCGAUCCACGCCUUAUGGAAGAGUCCCUUUGAUGGAUAAGAUUAAUGGAUUCGCUCGAAGAUACCCAGGAUUGAUGUCUUUGAGAAGUGUGGAUCUCUCCCCUGCUAGUUGGAUGGCUGUGGCUUGGUACCCAAUCUACCACAUACCAAUGGGAAGAACAAUCAAGGAUUUGUCGACAUGCUUCCUUACUUACCACACCCUUUCCUCCUCCUUCCAAGAUAUGGAUUUGGAAGAUGAUAUAGAGAAGCCGGAGAGGAAGAGGAAAGAAGGGGAGAACAUCUCGUUGCCUUCGUUCGGGAUGGCGACUUACAAGAUGCAAGGCAACGUUUGGGUAUCGGGGAAUUGCGGCCGAGACCAGGAGAGGUUGGUUUCGCUGUGGAGCGUCGCAGAUUCGUGGCUGAAGCAGCUCAGGGUCCAGCACCAUGACUUCAAUUACUUCACUGGGAUCAGGCGUGGUUGAUUCUACCAAACAUGAGCAGAGGCAGAGGGCACCACAGAAAACCCCAAAAAUAGAAAGAAAGAAAACCCCACCAAGUCUAACCACCGCCCUCAUUCUCAUUUGCCUUGACCUUUUCUCCUUUGCUCCUGAAAGUUAACCUUUCCCCCAAGGAAAAAAAAACCAGGAAGAUGGACAAAAAAAGAAAGGAGAAUAAGCCCAGAACCCUGCAAUUGAGUGGAAUCUUAUCGUAGAGGACACAGGUUGGUUUUGUUUUGUUUUGUUUGCUUGGUGGGUUUGUCCAGUCCAGACUCCAGAGGCGAUUUCCGUAGCGAUUCAGAGCUUUUUUCCCUCUUCUUUUGUUCAAUGCUUUGGGUUCAGAGGGGUACAUUAGACAUGUGAGCUGUGGCAGGUUGAUGAUGUUGCCUUCUCAAUCUCAUGAUCGACUUUCUUUGUUUAAUUUUCUUUGUUUCGGUUUGUAGUUGGGUUUCGGUUUAGGGAGAAGCAGAGUGUGUCGAGUACAGGGGUCGAGGGGCAUCUAUGCUCUGUUUUUUUUCUUCUUUUUAUUAACUUUGAUGAAAUCGUUGUUGACUUGUAGAGUUUGAUAAUGGGGAAAAAUGAAAAGAGGGGAUAGAAGAAGAGAAGAGACGGAGUUGUUUAUUCCUGAGAAAUGACAAUAGCUUCUCGAUUUCUCGUCCAUUUCUCCUUUUUUGCUUCCUGCUUUUAAUUUCUUCACAAGUGUGGAUUGGGACUGGAGAUAUGAUUUUUCUUUCUUUUUCAUGGAAAAAGGGGAGCGUGAUUGGCUGCUACUAAAUGUUUAUGCUCCUAACCAAUGCAGUUGGAGUGGUGGAAUUGUUGAAUCUCUACAUCGAACGGG